CGGUCGCUCGGCUCUCCUGUGCAGCAGAACCUGCUCCUCAGUCCUACCAGUUCCUCAGUCCAGCGGUGUCCUCACUGUCUUCUCUCCCUGGCGAUGGCAUCUUUAGUGUCCACAGUCUCUGGUCAUCUCCUGUACUGUGUCCGCAGUCUCUGGUCAUCUCCUGUACUAUGUCUGCAGUCUCUGGUCAUCUCCUGUACUAUGUCCGCAGUCUCUGGUCAUCUCCUGUACUGUGUCCUGUACUAUGUCCAGUCUCUGGUCAUUUCCUGUACUAUGUCUGCAGUCUCUGGUCAUCUCCUGUACUAUGUCCGCAGUCUCUGGUCAUCUCCUGUACUGUGUCCACAGUCUCUGGUCAUCUCCUGUACUAUGUCUGCAGUCUCUGGUCAUCUCCUGUACUAUGUCUGCAGUCUCUGGUCAUCUCCUGUACUAUGUCUGCAGUCUCUGGUCAUCUCCUGUACUAUGUCCGCAGUCUCUGGUCAUCUCCUGUACUGUGUCCGCAGUCUCUGGUCAUCUCCUGUACUAUGUCUGCAGUCUCUGGUCAUCUCCUGUACUAUGUCUGAGGUCUCUGGUCAUCUCUUGUAGUACAUCUGCAGUCUCUGGUCAUCUCCUGUACUAUGUCCGCAUUCUCUGGUCAUCUCCUGUACUAUGUCCGCAGUCUCUGGUCAUCUCCUG